AUGAAACAGGACACCGUAAUGCUCAAAGAUAGGCUCUACAUCUUACUAAGUGUCCUUGCAACACGAGGGGAUGUCGAAAGGGUAGAAAAGUGUGUUGUAUAUGAUAGUGAAUUAAGUGUUCAGGAAGUGCUAGAAGUGAUAUGCGUGUUUUGGCCAGAAGUAGACGACCCGGAGCGGCUGUGGUUUGUGUACGAGGGCAUCGAGCGGGAGCGGCAGUCAACAGGGGAACUAGAAUUUGAACUGAUAAAUAGCGAGGCGGAACUGCAGGCUUUGGUGGAUGCGGAUGCGGAUGUUGUUAGGGGGCGGGCAGAGAUGCUGCGAAGCCACGUCCGCUCGCGGUUGGAGGCACACAGUGUAGCAGUGGAUGUAGCCGACUGCGCGGGUACCUUUGCGCGGGCACGGACCGUGCUAGUCAACGAGGUGGAACCGGACGUACUCUUCCAUUCGGGCAUCAUACGGCGCUUGCGGCGCGGUGGCCGCUGCGCAGCAGUGACGGCAUGGGAACGGGGCAUUCUUCGGCCGCUGGCACACGCAAACUGCAGCAUUUCCCGGCCGCUCUUGGUGAGUGCUUUCGAACAGCUGACGCCAGCAGAGGCGCUGGAGUUGUUUGUUGAGCCCCGCAGUGAUGAGCCUGCGGUGCACCGGGCUGUGCUUCUGCAUGAAGUGGUGCCAUAUGUGACAUUCAAACAGGCCUACCAGGAGUUUUUGGAUGUCUUCCUCACGCCGGAACAGUUCCCCCUGACGACGCUUGAGAACUUUGAGUUUCUCAAAUACAUGACCAAGACUGUACGUCCCCUGUUUGCGGAACAGCCCGGGAAGAAGAAGGUAUUCGACCGGAAACUGCUUCAAUUGCUGUAUGACCGGGGUGAAAGCUUGGCUGAAAUUCCAUUGCCGGACUUGCCUCGGGAACUCUAUGGAUUGCUCUUACUCAUUGACGAGACGGUGACGCUUUCUGACGGUGUCUCAGUGAAGGACCUGAUCGAGUACACAAAGUACAUGGAUGCUGCCAAUAACUAUAGUCUGAAAUCAAUGCGUUCCUUAGCGAAUGCAGAUGAGUUGGCGCAGCUGGCAUCAUUUAACUCCAUCAGCCAUUAUUUAUUGGCUGAAUCGCCAUCUGUCCAGACACUACAAUUUUUAUUAAGCUCAUCUAAAUUGUACCCAAAAUUAACGAAGGAGAAUCAAGAAUCUGCAAUUAUCGAAACACUGCUGUCUCUCAGUGAAUUUACGUUGCUGCACGACUUCUCUCUCCAGGCAGGUUUCCAGGUCGAAAAAUCGGUCAUUUUGAAGUACUUUUGGCGCUUUUUCAACAGCGCACCAAAUGGGUCCAGGGACCGGCCAGAAAUGACAAAGGCGAGGAACAAUCUUCGCUUACUGCCCAAAAAGGACUAUUAUUAUCUUGAGACUCUUCUUGAUGUCGCAGACGCCUUGGCAAAGUAUUCGCUAAGCUACUCACGUGGACAACCCUUCAGACCAUCGCAUAUAUUGGAUCUCAAAGAUGAUCCAUUCAGAAUCAUAAGCAAACUGCUAGAAACGAAUCCCAGUCUGUACCGUGACGUUGAAACGACUUUCGAAAUCCUCAAGCAAUUAUAUGAGGGAUUGCAACUGCAGCCUCAUGAUCCAAAGUACACAAGUGAAUAUACCCGUUUGCUAGUCUGUCACAUUGAUUGUGCAUUGGCAAAUAUGGAAUUCAAGUUUGCAUAUGAUAAGGUCAUCGAACUGCUCGAGAACCAUGAUGGUUUGGGAGAGCAUUGGUCAACAAUAUUCCAGGUUGGCAAAUAUAUUGAUCCCACUUGGCCAGAUAAUGAAGUGCCAACAGAAAUCAUUUAUCUGCAAAUGGAAGUUUUGAGCAGGCUUUUGCAUAUCUGCCCUGUGGAGGAUGUUGAAGCAGUUGUAUCAACAUGGAGUGGAUUGGAGCUGGAAUUAUCCACCCGCACUGAUGUACGAGACGUCUAUUCUCUUUCAAAUAAUAGUACUAACCCUAAGCACUUGAGAAAGGAAAUCGUGCAACAGGUUUCGUCCAGUGUAUCAAACUUUCUUUCCGAUGGCAUUAAAUGGGCAAUUGGUGAAGGCAAGUAA